AUUAGUUGAUCCUGCAUGAGCCCUACCUUAGAUCUCUGCGACUUUACCUCAUUAUAAGCCAUCUCCAACCAACCGGAUGCUUCAAGGUGCAGGUCGUAACCCAUCAAACUUCUUUGGCAGCUUAAGCUGCUUAAGCGAGAAGUUGGGUGUUUUUCAGAUGUGGUUUCUAACGAAGUAGCCUGGCGUCGGCGAAGAUACGGAUUCCAACCAAUUAUUCCGUGAUUCCACGCUCACCCCGGAUGUCAACUAGUGCGGUCAUCGGUCGUUGAUCAAUGUUCUUAGCCCAGGUCAAGCCGCUUCGAACGAACGACUCAGAUGCCCGCCAACAUGACCUCGACAUACCCUUUUGAACCUAGUCCGCCGUGGACGACUGUGAACCCUAAGCCAUUCUCGCCUUUUCGCACGCGUUACGGUAGCGAAGAAUUGGAAGCGCCUUCAUUACCGUCGCCUCGAAACGAGCCAUUCAAUGACAAUUAUAUCGUUAGCACCCACCUCGUACCUGCUGGUUGUCCAAGGCUCACUCCGGAUAUCCCAUUGCCUGUGGUCCCUAAAUUCACAACAAAUGCCGCGGAACGGAAACGAGAUAUCCAGCAGCUUUCCACUGAACUUAGGGAGCGACAAGAGCGCUUCGUGCAGGGAAAGUUAGGUGGAGAAAGAAGCGAGCGGCCGUUAUGGAAUUGUGUUAACCGAUAUGUCAAGAGAGUUCAAGAUGGGAGGAAGGGCUUGACACUGUUAUUCGCUCACGCAAUUGGUUUUCCCAAGGAGAUAUGGGAAGCAACCCUGCGAUAUCUAUUAUCGUCAUCCACAGCUUCACUGAUUGACGAGGUGUGGUCUUGGGAAGCCGUUCAGCACGGUGAUGCUGCAGUUGUCAACGAGACAAAUCUCAGUGGCAUAUUUGAUUGGCGAGACAACGCGCGGGACAUUGCACACUUUCUGUUAUACUAUCUACCGGAAGAUACAUCUUCAAAGAUUUUACCGACGCAUCUACAACUUCUGCCGGAGACUAUCCGUGAAUCCAGGAAGACUAAGGGAUUUUCAUCCCGCUCCCUGGUCGCCGUUGGACAUUCAUUCGGCGGCUGCUCUUCGAUACUAGCAGCUGUCAACUUCCCUGCAGUGUUCUCCUCCAUAAUUCUUAUAGACCCUGUAGCUGCUAGCAGUCUCCACUACUCCUCCAAUUUACUUAGGCUCAUUUCCGCUGCCCUUGCUAGGCGUGAACGUUGGCCAUCACGUGAGGAGGCAUUACGCUCGUUCAAGGCCUCUCCAUUCUUCAGAGCGUGGCAUCCUGAUACCCUGCAGCUAUAUAUUACAUAUGGCUUGUGCGAGGAUUCACAAGGGGGCGUGAAGCUAAAGAUGUCAGGUCUACACGAGGCUUUGGUGUUCGUAGAUCGUAUAGGAUCAAAUGAAGCAUGGCAACUACUGGAAAAGGUGGACGAGCGAAUAGAACUACGUUGGAUUGUUCCAGGGAAGCCCGAAGACAAGGGACUCGGGGGCGAAAAAGCAACGAGGGUGCGAGUGUGGCGAAGACCUGCUAACUCAUCCAACGUGGUAUUUCACUUUGCUGGGCAUCUGAUCCCACACGAAUCACCAGUGGAGCUCGCCCAAGAAAUAUCAGCUUUCCUGGAGAAGAAGUACGGGAGACGGAGUAGAGCAUACCUAUGAUAUCCUUUGCAGUGAUAUUGAAUUCACCUAGGGUUGUACCAACAAUGGACAGGAAACAAGCAAUAC